CUCCCGUGCGGUUCGUGCAAAAGAAAAGACGCCAAGCAGAUUCUUUUCCUUGCUUUUGUUAUUUGUCCCGUCUUAAAUAGUUUUUGUGGCUGCUCUUGGCCACCCCCGAUACCAGCUAGUUGCUAUUGUCGCGAUGGCCGAAAAGUUAGAGGCUCGCGAGGCAGCGAUGAACGAGAAAAAGGUCUGUCGCUUCUGCCUGACGGAACAGAAGUUGGCCUCGAUUUUCGAGGAAAACGCGAGAGUGAAAACAACCGCCAAUCUGCCACUGCAGAUCAUGGCUAUUACGGCGAUCGAGGUCUACGCCGGUGAUGGAAUGCCUGGCCUUAUCUGCCUGGAAUGCCGUCUGCUGUUUGAGCACUGCUACCGCUUCAAGCAGAUGUGCAAGCGGGCGGAGACCCUGCUCCGGCAAUAUCCCUUGACCGGAAACUGGCCCUCGCCGCUGGAGAAGCCGCGUGCUCCCAUGAUGACGGUUGUACCCAAGAAGGUGGUAGUAAUUCCAGCACCAGCAGCCGAGACACCCGAGGCCCCUAAAAAGCUCCUUAAUACCAUGGCCAAGUCGAGCCAGGUGGUCAUCGAGAAUGUCCAGGUGAUGGAGACCAGUUUGGUGAAUCCGGUUAUUGUUACCUCACCGGUGAACCGCCGAUCUCAUGCCUACGAGUUGAAGGUGGAGAACAACCAGGAGAUUAACAUGGACGAUGUGCAGAACAUGCUGGAGGACAUGGCCCACGAACUUGAAAAGGAGUUUGAAAAAACAGCUCCGAAGGUAUUGCCCAAAAAACCCAAACUGUUGAACAAGUCAUCGAUUAGGAUACUGAACAAGGGACCAUCUGCUCCGGUGGAGCCGCGUAUUUCCACGCCCCAAGUCAAAAGGGAUGAGAGUGGCAACGUAGCUGUAGUGACCGAAGUUCUGGAUGCCGACAUUAAACUAGAUGAUCAGGAUGAUCCAACAAAGAACGCCGAAAAGGUGGCUACCUACGUAUUUCCGUGUCCCGAUUGCGAGCGCUCGUUUCCACUUCAGCAGCUGCUUGAGAUACAUCAGCUAAAUCAUACGCGUUCGCGCAGUUUCCAGUGUCCCCAGUGCGAGAAAAGCUUCUUCUCGAAAUACGACCUGGCCAAGCACAACUUUGUCCACACCGGUGAGCGGCCAUUUAAGUGUACCAUCUGCGGUAAGGCCUUUACCAGAAAGGCUCUGCUCCACCGCCACGAGCGCACCCACACGGAAAUCCCCAAGAUCAUCUGCGUGUACUGCGAGAAGCCCUUCAUAUCGCGCCAGGAAAUGGAGAAGCACGCCGAGCGACAUUUAAAGAAGCGUCCAUUCCAGUGCGGCGUUUGCACCAAGUCGUUUGCCUUCAAGCAAGGAUUGGAACGCCAUGAGGUUAUACACUCCUCCAACCUUCCCUUUCCCUGCCAACACUGCUCGAGGAGCUUUUCUACCGCCUCCAAGCUGGCUCGUCAUCUCGUGGCCCACGCUGGGAAAAGAGCCUAUCCCUGCAAGUACUGCCCAAAGUCGUAUUUGUUGUCCCACCACCUCUCCCGGCAUGUUCGCAUGCACCUGCAAACUACGGACGCCAUGUUCGUGUGCAGCGAAUGCAAGAAGUCGUUUAACAACUACAUCAACCUGUUGGAGCACGCGAGCGUCCACGCUCAUACGACCCUGAAGUGUCCAAUGUGUCGGGAGCAGAUCGACGAUAUUGACAGCGUCGAAGCCCAUAUGGAACAGCACAAGGGGAGUGAGCGUUUCGCUUGCGAGUUCUGCGAUCACAUCUUCUUGACACAGAACUGCCUGCAGAAACACAUCGAGGACGAUCAUGUGUUGGAGAUGGAGCCGUACCAAAACGAUGAAGAAGGCGAAGAAAGGGAAGAUAAUAUCGAACAAGAUGAAGAAAUGGAGGACGUAAAGCAGGAGGAAUUUGAGGCAGAGUAUUUGGAAGACGACCAUCUUGAUGAUGACCACCUCGAUGAUAGCGACGAGUCCUUCACGCCACCUACUAAGCAGCGAAAGGGGACUGCACCUAAAGUAAGCAAGCGCGAGUCCUCGCGCCGAACCCGAAGCCUUACUCAAAAAGUCUCACCAAAGGAAGUCGUUGUGAAGAAGGAAAUAAAGUCGCCACCCAAACAGGCACGCUCACUUGUAAAGAAUCGCAAAUCUGCAAUAUAAGUAACCAGAAAUUGUAUCUAUGUUUUAUGUUUACACAUUAAAAAGUCAAUGUAUUCCAA